GUUUGGUCCCGCAUGCUCACGUAAAACCUAGGGUGUCUAGCUUUUUAUUUUUGUGACAUAGUGGGGAGAGAGCCCCUGCUUUUGGUACUAAUUGAGAGUAAGACAUAGCAUUGUAGAUCGUCAAGCGCUAAUCAAUUAAGCUCGAGCUCUUUUUUUAGAGCGUCCAACUUAGUUGUUGGACUAUGCAAAUUGCAGCAUGUCCCUACAAUCUCCAAUAUCCAACACAUGAGUGGGAUGGUGUGGGAUUUAUAUGGGUGCAGCCUGCCCAGAUAGAGGGCCGAUGGACCUAGACCCGACCAAGUUUCGAGGGGGAUAGACCCGAUCUGGGUUUGGGUGUGGGUCCAAAAAUUGAACCCAACAGGUUGAGUCCGGGUUUGAUUUUAGGUCCAGAUCCAAAUUAUGUCUUCGGGUCCUCGAUUAUUUUAGAAAAUAUAUCAAAAUACACCUAAAAUAUUAAUUAUUUAAAUUUUAAUUUAAAAUUACUAUUGUAACUCAUGAUUAAUAUGGUUAAGUAAGUUCUUGAAAUUUUCAUAUUGAGUCACUCGGUAAUGCGCUUGGGUCGUGGUGGUAGCACCCCGCCGUUCAAUCAAAUCGCACGCAGAAUCUCAGUCCAGCUAAAGAGCUCGACUCCUCGAGUUUCGAAAAAACCCGAACAUGAUAAGUCCUCAAUGGAGCUUGAAACCUUCUUAUCAAGUUUCUUACACUAGGAGCCUGCAAAUUCAUGGAGGUCUGAGUAAAUUCAUGGCCAAAGAAGCUCUGAAACCACAGGCCAUAGCUGGAGAUUUCAGUAAAAUCGUCGACAAAGAAGCCAUGAGACCUUCAAACGACGCCAUUAAAUGGUCUGGAAAAGUCCCUCAUGUUUUGACAGUUGCAGGGUCCGAUUCUGGUGCAGGAGCUGGGAUUCAAGCUGAUAUCAAGGCCAGUGGAGCUCUUGGGGUUUACUGUUCUUCAGUGAUAACUGCAGUUACUGCUCAGAACACAGUUGGAGUUCAGGGUAUCCAUCCAGUGCCAGAGGAAUUUGUUGCAGAGCAAUUAAAGUCGGUACUCUCAGACAUGCAGGUUGAUGUGGUGAAGACUGGAAUGCUCCCUUCUACAGGUGUAAUCAAAGUUUUAUGCCAUAAACUUAAGCAGUUCCCCAUUCGCGCUUUAGUGGUUGAUCCUGUCUUGGUGGCAACGAGUGGAGAUGUUCUCUCUGGUCCUUCUACCCUUGAUGCAUUUCGAGAGGAGCUUUUUCCAAUGGCGGAUAUUGUGACUCCCAAUGUGAGAGAGGCUUCAGUUUUACUUGGUGGUUUUGAUAUAAAGACGAUAACUGAUAUGUGUUCUGCAGCAAAAUCACUAUAUAGUCUCGGCCCCCGAAAUGUACUGGUGAAGGGUGGGGACCUCCCAGAAUCAUCUGAUGCUGUUGAUAUAUUUUUUGAUGGAGAGCAUUGCCAUGAGCUGCGUGGUGUUCGUGUCAGGACUCACAAUACCCAUGGAACUGGUUGCACUUUGGCAUCAUGCAUAGCUGCAGAGUUAGCAAAAGGUUCUCCUAUGCUGGGAGCUAUUCAGGCGGCUAAGUGCUUUGUUGAGGAAGCUCUUGAACAGAGUAAGGAUUUAGCCAUUGGGAAUGGUCCACAAGGCCCUUUUGAUCACUUUUUCAAGCUCAGGAAUCACUAUGCUCGUCCAUGUGGGACAAGGUUCAAGCCAAGGGAUCUAUUCUUGUAUGCAGUUACAGAUUCAGGAAUGAAUAAAAAGUGGGGGCGGUCCAUUUCUGAUGCUGUCAAAGCUGCUAUAGAAGGAGGUGCCACCAUCAUUCAGUUGAGGGAAAAGAACAUUGAGACAAAGGUGUUUGUAGAGGCAGCUGAAGCCUCUUUGGAAAUUUGUCGGUCUUAUGGGGUUCCCCUACUUAUAAACGAUCGUGUAGAUGUGGCAUUGGCAUGCGAAACCGAUGGUGUACAUGUGGGUCAAUCAGACAUGCCUGUCAGGACUGUACGCCAACUUCUUGGCCCUAACAAAAUUAUCGGGGUCUCUUGUAAAACCCCCGAACAAGCCCAUCAAGCCUGGUUGGAUGGAGCCAACUACAUAGGGUGUGGAGGUGUGUUCCCUACUAAUACGAAGAAAAAUAAUCCCACUAUUGGUCUGGAUGGCCUGAAAAACAUAUUUCAAAGCUCUCUAUUGCCUGGGGUAGCCAUUGGUGGAAUCGGGGUGGAAAACGCACAUAUGAUCGUGGAAAUGGGGCUCCCUAAUUUAAAGGGUGUCGCUGUUGUGUCUGCCCUCUUUGAUAGGCUGGAUAUAUCAAGUGAGACCCGACGACUACUCGGAGUGUUGGAGACGACAAGAAUCCCAGAGGAGAAGAGGUUGGAGGCUUCUGAGUAAUGUUUUGCUGGUUUAGGUAGUUCAUAGAAGCAUUGCUGUGUUAUUUUGUUCUGGAAUAAAUUGGGAGAUAGAGAGAGAUCUGAUGGGCUCUGCUGGUUAUUUAUAUUGAAUGCAAUGUGUGGGGUACCCAUGCGGCCUUCACUAGUAAUUUUACACCCAA